AUUUAUCUAUCAAUCGUGGACUAAGUUCUGCUCGACUUUUUUUGUAGUUCCAUCUACUAGUAGAAUGAAUCAUGAACACGAAAAUGACAAAUAUGGGCCUUCCCUCGCGUUGUGUUCGUGUGUCGGCUUUUGGUGCUCCUUCAGUCCUAAAGGAAAUUGCAGAACGGGUUGUAACUUUGCCAUCUCCACUGAUCGAGCAAGAUGUACAGCAAGUCCACAUUGCCGUCAAGGCUUUUGGCAUAAACCCAAGUGAGACUUAUCUUAAGGGGACGAGGCUCAAGGUGUUUCUGUUACCGUCCACCGUUUUGCCUUUCUCAAGGAAGAAAGGCAUAACGAACGGGAUAAGCGAACACCAACAUGAUCAGCGUAAGUACCUCUAAUUACCAACGAGCGGGAGCAUAUGCAGUUCUGCCACCACUGCCAUAUACACCUGGACGAGACAGUGCUGGCGUUGUUUUGGAUGUCACUGGCGGUGGGGGUGGUGGUGCUUCAUCGACAUCAUGCGCUUCAACAAGUACAGAUGCAUCAUGCACUACAAAAUCUGCAUCUGAUACUGCUCCAACAUCAAUCUUACAACCAGGCACUCGUGUUUUCACCACAGACAGUCUCAACGGCUGCUACGCUGAAGAAACGAUUGCUCCCGCUUCAGCCGUUUUCCCGCUUCCUGCAAACCUCUCUUUCGCACAAGGAGCGGGAUUUGGCGUAGCCUACUAUGCGGCGUGGAGGGCUUUUGUGGAGAAAGGGAGGGGAAUGGAUCAUGUUGCGAAGACAUCAGUUGGUAAAGAACUAUCUUCUUCCAGUUCUUCAGUCCCUUCAGCACCCGCAGGAGGUCUCCUCGUUCAUGGUGCGUCUGGCGGUGUGGGGAUCCUGAUAUUGCAAAUGGCUAAGAGAGCUGGGUUGAAGCCUGUAGUGGCAACUGCAAGUAGUGAACGUGGUAGACGGCUGUUGAGGAAGAUGUUUCUCGAGGAUGGAGAAUCAUUUGGAAAUAAGCCUGAUGUUGAAAAUACGAAGUUCGUCUUUCCAAAGGGAGACUUUUUUGUUACGGGACAUCAACUUCAACGAGAAGAGGGUUCUCAAGACGAACUAAAACAAGGGUUGCCGCAAGACCACAAGUUUUCGAUCAUCAUCGAGAUGCAGGGUCAGCACAACCUCCAUUGGGACAUGCAGAACGUUGCCCGUGAGGGCAGGAUCGUCAUGGUUGGCAAUAAAGUUAAGGCGACCGCUAGAGCAUCCGCAGCAUCGUCCACCAUCCCUGCCUCUUUUUCUACUUGAAAAAGACGCUAAGGAUGCGCUGAAGAAUGCGAUCGCGAUACGUCUAAUAACGGCCAUUCGGAAGUGAGCGUGAAUCCUAGAUUGCUUAUGCAAACCGAAGCGGUAGUCACUGGCUUCGUCGGGACGCAGCCAGAGAAUCGAAAACUCGCGGACCAAGCAUUGCGAGAAGAGUGGGUGAAUUGGCUAGAACCGGUGGUGGAUGAAGAAUUGAGAUUCGAUGGAUUGGAAGCGGCAGCAGAGGCGCAUGAAGAGAUUUUGACAAGAAAGAAUGGAACAGCAGGAAGAAUUGUGGUGGAUUUGACAGCUGCAGGUGAGAAGUCGCAUAUUACUUAGUACUCGUCUAUGAGCUCAUCAGGAUGUUCAAAAUCGUACAUGGAACAGUUGCUACUUGUUCAUCUAUUCGAAAACUCAAAAUAACCGAGUUACUGACCGAAAUAAGGGAGGUAGCUUAACGCCAAGUGGUUACUCUUCCUUCUCAUGGGUAUCUCGGUUAUUCUGAAGAUCAGUUACUUGCUUAUUUCAGUUUUUCGAAUAGUAUUUUUUAUAAAAGAUUGCAGACGCGAGAACUACACCUACAGGAGAAUAAAUGAAAAGACUUCGCAACAUUGAUGACAUUGACAUUAAAACAUUGAGACCACAAUAAAAUGAGCAAGUACUAAUCGCAUUC